UUUCACACCCCGGGCCAGCCUCCUUUCGUAUUUGUGCGCAAGGAUCAGGGUAUCCCAGCGUCGCGCUUAGCCCCCAUGUCCAGAUCCUGUUGUUGAGAUCCAUGCCGGGGCCGAUCCGAGCUAUGCCCAGGGAUGCAUGCUGGGGGCGGCGACAAGGAUGCAUUUCGUCCUGGUAUACAUACGUUCGCGAGACGAGGCGUUCGAGUGAGUUUGCUGGCCGAGGUUGACGAGUUUUUGGGGAGUAUGCAUGGUGGACCGUCAAGGACAGGGGAGACACUUUCGCUGCUGCGGAGGGGAAUGGCCUGGGGGUGGGGGAUCAAUCGUACGGAAUGUACAUUUCAUGUAUCGUUCGGUGUAUCGUACGGAGACUGGGUUUUCAGUACGGAUGUACCUCGAUGUACCUGUCAGACUGUCAGACUGUCAGACAGACUGUCUUUUGGGCGCGAAACCGACGCGUCCUCACGUGCUCACCAUGCGAGUCCUGGCAUCGUAGUGUUACCUUGGUGUGACGUAGACUUGAUGGGGUGCUGUGUUGAGGCUGUGGUGUCUCACUUGCCCUAUACUCUCUCGUUCGUAGAGCUAGUCCAUCUGGCUAUCUCUCAAGAUGGCUGGUUUCUGCACGUGCGAGGACAGCAGCACCGAAGCACAAGGAGCGCUAGAUGCUACUCUGUGCUCAAGGUGUACAGAAAUGCGGUGCGGGAGCGACGAUCUUAAAUGGACGCAAGUGUGGCAUGUGUUUAAUCGUGUGCUGGGAAGAAACUUGAUAUGACAUAAACAUAGAAGUUAGAUGAUGAAGGAAUCAUUCAAGAGGCCGUCUUGACUUAUGUAGACGGGAGGAAGGAAAGGCAGAUUUAUAUUGUUUCAAGGGGUGCAAGGGGCUCCAUAACAUUUAAUCUUUGUUUUUCUCUGUGGAGUAAGUGGGAUAUGCCGGCACAAAACAUACGACGAGAAGUCUGGCAUAUA